AAAGAGUCUCGUGUUGCGCCUGGUUCCUCUGACGUUUCCUUCUCCGUUUCCCAAAUUUUGAAAACCCCACACACGCUUUUGCUCUCCCUCACUUUAAAGCCCUUCUUCUACGAUCCACCAAUAUUCAACUUUUUCUCUUUUUCUCUCUUCCGAGUUGUUAAUUUGUUUCUUUCACUGAUUGAUCUCAUGACGGGGCAGCAAUCCCUGAUAUACAGCUUCGUGGCGCGGGGCACGGUGAUUCUGGCGGAGUACACCGACUUCAAUGGAAACUUCACGGAGGUAGCUUUGGACUGCCUUCGCAGGCUCCCUGCUUCCAAUUCCAAAUUCACCUAUAACGCCGAUGCUCAUACCUUCAACUACCUCAACGAUAAUGGAUUCACUUACUGUGUUGUGGCAGUGGAAUCCGUUGGUCGGCAACUUGCAAUGGCAUUUCUUGAACGCAUCAAGGAUGAUUUUAGCAAGAGAUAUGGUGGAGGAAAAGCUGCAACAGCCACUUCUAAAAGCUUAAACAAAGAAUUCGGACCCAAGUUGAAGGAACAUAUGCAGUAUUGUGUGGAACACCCAGAAGAGGUUAGCAAACUAGCGAAAGUGAAAGCUCAGGUUUCUGAAGUCCAACAAGCUAUGCGGGCAAACAUUGAUCAGGUUCUUGAUCGUCAAGUGAAAAUUGAUGUUUUGGUGGGCCAAACUGAGGAUCUUCGGGAUCAGGCCAGUGAUUUCAGGGGAGUUGGAAACCAGUUAAGGAGAAAAAUGUGGUAUCAGAACAUGAAGAUAAAGCUGAUAGUACUCGCCAUCAUUAUUGCCAUCAUUCUCAUAAUUGUUCUUUCAGUGUGUGAUGGGUUCAAUUGUGGUGGAUGAUACUUACCACUCACCUGCCACUUUUUGUAGUUUAAUAUAUAUACUUGCAUGAUAUGAUAUCAACAUUGUAUAAAAUUUGUUUAUUUGAUUGGAAUAAUAAGGUAUCAUCCAGGGUGUGAUGGAACAUUUUUAGUAAGAUAAACAAAGGAAA